UCCCUGCCUCUAGAUUUACAGUAGCCUGUAGCCAGUUAGCCCGUUUAACAGUAUAGGUCUAUAGCCUAUGCGAUCCUAAUUGGAAUAUUUUCGAUAUACUUUAAAAAAUAUAUAAUUUUAAAAAACCUUUUAUUUCUCAAAAGGAUGCAGAACUUUUCAAGAAGAUCCCUGGUUCCGGUGCGUCUCCAACCCUUCUGACAGAAGCCCAGGAGAAGAAUUGGAAGGGGAAAAAAGACCGCGGGACCGAAUAAAAUUUAAUCUUGCCUGACAAAAAGUUACCAUGCUCGGAGAGGGAGAGAGCAACACCUUUCCUUUCCCCAAGGACGCGCUCCGCCCGGAGGAGAGGAGAAAGUCCCCGGUGGCGGGUGCAGAUGACGCGGCUAUGGCCGGCAGCGCCAGCCGAUACACCGACGGACUCGGGCCAGACCGCUAUUAUAUCUCAACCCCAUCCAAGCAAACUGGAGACAUGGCGAGUCCAUGUUCGUUAUUCCCUUAUUCCCAGUCCGGUACCGUUUACACGGCUUCCGGCGGAUCCAGAUAUUCCACAUCGCUUCACUUCAGCUCGGUGUUGCCUCCCACGGGAUUCUCCUCGGCGGGACGCAAUCAGUUCGGCUCGGCCUACCAGUUAGGACAGGGUGGACGUCUCUACCCUCCAUACAGCACCGGGUCCGGGAUCGGCUCGGUGCCCCUAACCUCAGGCACGGGGGUGAGGGCUCAGGUCUACCUCUGUAACCGGCCUCUCUGGCUCAGAUUCCACCGUCAUCAGACCGAGAUGAUUAUCACCAAACAGGGCAGGCGGAUGUUCCCGUUCCUGAGUUUCAACCUGAUGGGUCUGAAUCUCUCUGCUCAUUACAACGUGUUUGUGGAGGUCACGCUCGCGGACCCCAACCACUGGAGGUUCCAGGGCGGGAAAUGGAUCACCUGUGGAAAAGCCGACAACAACAUGCAGGGAAACAAAAUGUACGUCCAUCCUGAAUCUCCCAACACGGGAGCACAUUGGGUGAGACAGGAGAUCUCCUUCGGCAAACUGAAGCUCACCAACAACAAAGGAGGCAGCAGCAACAACGCACAGAUGAUAGUCCUUCAGUCUCUUCAUAAGUAUCAGCCACGGCUACACAUUGUUGAGGUGACCGAGGGGUUGGAGGACAUGAGCAGAGACCCAAAAACCCAGAGCUUCACCUUCCCCGAGAACCAGUUUAUAGCCGUCACGGCUUAUCAGAACACUGAUAUCACACAACUGAAAAUUGACCACAACCCUUUUGCAAAAGGAUUCAGGGAUAACUAUGAUUCGAUGUACACAGCUCCAGAGGGCGACCGACUGACCCCCUCCCCCACAGACUCCCACCAGAUCGUCCCAGGUGCCCGCUACGCCAUGCAACCUUUCUUCCAGGACCAGGUCAUCAACAACCUGCCUCAGAACCGCUUCUACAACAGUGAGAGGACAGUACCCCAGACCAACAGUCUCUUUUCCCCCCAGCCAGAGGACAGCGCCUCCCAGAGGUGGUUUAUCUCCAUGCAACAGGGACCAGCUGGCCCCAACAAGCUGGAUCUAAGUUCCUACGAAGGGGACUACUCUAGCAGCCUGCUCCCGUACGGUAUUAAUUCCCUGCCUCUACAGAACUCCCACGCUCUCACCUACUACCCGGACUCUCCUUUCACUUCCAUGGCAGCAGGAUGGGGCUCUAGAGGAUCUUACCAGAGAAAGGUGACCACAGGCUUGCCUUGGUCCCCUAGACCCAGCCCUACUGGGUUCCCAGAGGACCAGCUGUCCGUGCCCGACAAAGACAAGGCUCAGGGGGAAGGGAUCAACGGCAGUAGUGUUGGUACCGUAGCUUCAACGUGGACUGAUACUCACUCUUCCACGCUGAGCCUGGAGAAAGCUGACUCUGGGGCCGUGGUGUGUAAAAGGAGUCGUGUGUCUCUGAGUGGAUCCGGCACAGAGAACUCCUCCGCUGUAAAGUGUGAGGAUGUGACUGCCACUGACACCUACAGCAAAGAGUCAUCUAUUUCUAAAAGCAUGGCUUACUAUUCCUUCUACACAAGCCCUUAAUUAUCUUGUUUCUUGUCACCCUUUAAAAAAAUCUGUGGUGCCAGAUUUCCCCCUUUUCGUAUUUGUUUUGGAGUUCCAAGUCUUGGUUUUCUGCCAAACCAGUGCUCACCUAUACCAACCUUACUCACCAACCUUACUCACCAGGUAUACCAACCUUACUCACCAACCUUACUCACCAGGUAUACCAACCUUACUCACCAACCUUACUCACCAGGUAUACCAACCUUACUCACCAACCUUGCUCACCAGGUAUACCAACCUUACUCACCAGGUAUAGCAACCUUACUCACCAACCUUACUCACCAGGUAUACCAACCUUACUCACCAACCUUACUCACCAGGUAUACCAACCUUACUCACCAACCUUACUCACCAGGUAUACCAACCUUACUCACCAACCUUACUCACCAGGUAUACCAACCUUACUCACCAACCUUACUCACCAGGUAUACCAACCUUACUCACCAGGUAUAGCAACCUUACUCACCAACCUUACUCACCAGGUUUUUCAACAACAUGUGACGGGACUGUGUGAUUUUUAACUAUCUAUGAUGGACUGUGUGAAUUUUUCUUAAAGGUGCCAGAGUAUUCGAUUACAACCCAGCGGGUUGUGUUAUAAUGUGUAUUGUCCUUCAAUGUACCCAGUGAUAUGUGUUUUUACAAAAUAUGCCUUCACAUUGAAGUUUUGUUUACAUAUAUGUGACUACUGUAUUGAAGGCUUGUGCAUAUGAUAUUUGUUGCACUGUAAAAUGUGAGGGAGCUUGUAUCAAAUAUACUGUACAUUGCAAUGUUAAGAGUUUUUAUGUUUGUUUUUUUUUUGUAAUAAAAAAAAAGCUUUGAGCUUCGUUAUCCAACUA